AUGAAAGUUACUUCUGAAGUGGAGAUGAAGCAUCUAAUUAAAUUAAAUCAAUGUCGAAAAUCGACUCCUAUUUGCGUAACUUUAUUGAGAAAAAAUGUCCCCGAGGGUGAACACGAAGUUUCCGAUGAAGAGAAUCGUAAUGUAAAUGAUGUUUGGGAUACAAUUCAGAUUGUUCGUAAAAAUGAUGUGGUUAUUCCCGAGACCACUGCUACUCACCAUGAUCACACUGUUACGCACAGAAUUCUAUCGACAGUUGAAGACAACGAGAAUGAAAACGCAUUUACAAACGAGGAUUUGAUUGCUCUAUCCUGUAAAAGACCUGAAUCGGGUGGGAUCUUACAGGCCAGACCAAUCACUCCAAUCACUUCCAUUGAAAAUCCAAAGCUAAAGCAGAAUCCUGAUUGGAUUGAAAUCUCACUGGUAGACAACUCCAACAAGGAGAAUUUUGCUCCUUCCAACUGUUAUGCCACACCUAUUAAGGCUCCAAUCGAAUCCUUUGAUGCUUCGUUAGCUGAGGAGCUAAGUGCUAUACGAGAAAAACUGGAGAGACUGAGGAUAGAUAAGGAGAAGACUGAGAAGAUGCUGAAAGAAAGGGAUUCGAUACUGGAUAUGAAAAUGAAGGAGCUUGUACAAAGAGGGGAAGUGCAGAAGCAUCUUGAAAUAGAAGUUGAUAGAUUGUAUCGAUUAAAUGAGAUCAAAUUAUCUUGCAAGAGGAUUUCUCCACUUCGAUCAUUAAGAGAUAAGGAAAGAGAAAAUAAUACACAUGAAGAUCAAAACAAGGGAAAUAAGAGGGAUGAACAAAAAUGCGAAAGCCCAUUAUUGCAGAGUCCGAAAUCAGAACAAGAAGCAGGGAAUCGAAGUUGAUUUUACCAUAGAGGAAAUUGAGGGAUUUAAUCUCUAUCACUGAAUGGAUUUGUAGAAUAUUUGGUGCAAAGGAGCUUUGCAAUUGAGAAAUCCUUUUUCUUUUGUGCA